AGGCCGCCCGCUUCCAAAAUGGCGCCCGCAGCGGCUGCCAGCUGCCAAGAUGGCGGCGCGGGGUCGCGCCCGCGCUCCCGAGCCGUCUCGCCCAGGCCUACGUUCGGCCGGGAGCGCGACGCGCGUUGCUGUGCGUCUGAUGGCCGUCGGCCCGGGUGGUGGUCCCGGCCGGCGCUCCCCUUCGCCAUGAGGCCCCUCGGCUGGUGGCAGGUGCUGCUGUGGGUGCUGGGGCCUCGCGCCCACGGCCUGGAGGUUGCAGAGGAAAAUGGUCACUUAUGGUCAGAGGAGCAGCCUGCUCCCCUUCUCCACGUGGGGGCUGUGCACAUGAGUGAGGAGGAGCCUGCAGGUGGCCUGAUGGGUGAGGAUAGGUCAGCAGAAGAGGCCCGUGCAGCGCUGGGGCUGGACACUGGUGGCGACCACAUGGUGAUGCUGUCUGUGAUCCCCGGGGAGGCUGAGGACAAUCUGAGCUCAGAGCCCAGCGGCGGCACCUGCGGGGCUGCAGGGCAGGAAGACUCGCAGUGCAAUCUCCGAGAGAGCCUCUUCUCUCUGGACAGCGCUGGAACCAGCUCCCCCGACAGAGAAGAAGAGUAUUACACAGAGCCGGAGGUGGCGGAAUCGGACCCAGCCCCAGCAGAGGACUCCAAUAACACGGAGAGUCUGAAAUCCCCGAAGGUGAACUGUGAGGAGAGAAAUGUGACGGGAUUCGAAAAUUUCACUCUGAGAAUUUUAAAUAUUUCACAGGACCUCAUGGAUUUUCUAAACCCAAAUGGUAGUGACUGCACUCUAGUCCUGUUUUAUACCCCUUGGUGCCGAUUUUCUGCCAGUUUGGCCCCUCAUUUUAAUUCUCUGCCUCGGGCAUUUCCAGCUCUUCGUUUUUUGGCAUUGGAUGCAUCUCAGCACAGCAGCCUUUCUACCAGGUUUGGCACUGUAGCUGUUCCUAACAUCUUGUUAUUUCAAGGAGCUAAACCAAUGGCUAGAUUUAAUCAUACAGACCGAACACUGGAAACGCUGAAAAUCUUCAUUUUUAACCAGACAGGUAUAGAAGCCAAGAAAAAUGUGGUGGUCACUCAAGCUGACCAAAUAGGCCCUCUUCCCAGCACUUUGACUAAAAGUGUGGACUGGUUGCUUGUAUUCUCCUUAUUCUUUUUAAUUAGUUUUGUUAUGUAUGCUACCAUCCGAACUGAGAGUAUUCGGUGGCUGAUUCCAGGACAAGAGCCAGAACAUGCAGAAUAGCGGCAGACUGAAAGGUGGAAAGAGGAACGUCAAUCCUUCAUUUCAGAAAUUAGUGCUGCUGUUGCCUACGUUUUCUUCAGUGAAACGCUCUUACACUUUCGGUCACAUUAAAAGAAUCAUGCAUUUGUUGAACAAUGGAAUGUGUAAAAAAAUUAUUAACUGGUAUUUUAACUAGUAUUGUAAUAAGCAAAUGCAAAAAUAUUCACUAGAACUUACCAUUCUUGUUUUUACUGCUUAAACAUAAUCCAGUAUUUUAAAGCAGUAAAUCCAGUUUGAAAUAUGAAAUGUAUUUGGGUUGGAGUAGUGAGUAGAAUGACUAUGUACUUAAUAUACAGAGGUGGAAAUGGGGUCUGAAGAUUAUAUAGUUUUAGAAAACUCUUGAUUCCUCAUAUAUGUCUAAGAAGGUUGGUUUUCUGUUCCUUGCAAUUUUGCUCUGUGUCUAUAAGCAGGAAAGUGUUCUAUUACGGGAAGAAUAACUAGAAUUGGUGUGACCUUACAAGGUGCAACUGAUGGGAAAAUGAAAGAGUCAAGUACUUUGGUGUUCGUGACCUCUGAUUUCACUGAAAGAAUAUGAAGGGGUCUAAGAAGUUGUUUCUGGGUAAGGCAUAUGUAAGAAGUAAAUGUUAUCGUAACUAAACCUUAAUAUCAAUUCUGGGCUAAAGCAUAACUUACAUUUUAGUCAUAGUUCUCUAGCCAACCUUGAAAUGUCCUCAGCACUUUGCUAGGCUUAGUGAGAGCCAAAAAAUAUAUAAAUCACUGCUUUUUCUCACAAGUUGAUGCUAGUGUAGUUUAGGACAUAUGUAGAAAAGAGACAACAUGUAAUUUAUUCAAACGUUUUGAAAAGCUAUUUCUUAAAGAUCCCUUAAAUUCAGAAAUAAGACAUCAGACUACAUAAUGAUAAAUUACUUUUAUAUUGAUUGUUCCCAGUGUUUUAGAUAGAGUAAUUCAUUUCAUAAGGUAUCCUAAAUUCAAUGGAAAUAGAAUCUCAGAUGAGUCUCCUUCUCAGAGUGUUGUUUCAGACAGGAGUUUACAACUUUAUGUGUCAUGUUAUGGACAGCUAGGGCUGGGGUAGUCACUGGCAGGAGGGAACAAUGACUCCAAACAGUACUAUUACGAUUUCUGUUUUACAAAUGAGCAAACCGAGGCAUAGAGAGGUUAAGUACCUUGCCCAGAUUACAUACAUAGUAAGUCAGUACAGCUGGGAUUUGGGCCUUCUCAUGUGUGUGUAUGUAAGGAAAUAUAUAUUAGAAAUAUAAGGAAAAAAACCGUCUAGUAAUUCUGUAACAUUAGAAUAUUACUACGUGUGUGCCAGGUACUGUUUUAAGUAUCUACUUACUGUUUCAUUUACUGGUACAGUGGUCCUGUGAGAUGGCUACUGUCACUAAAUAUCCUCGCCUCACAGAAGAGCAAAUGAGGCUGCAAAUAAGGUGCUGUUGGUCAAGCAGCUUCCAGUGGUGGGACCCAGCUUCAAACCUAAGCACGUCUCCAGAGUCGGGAUGGUGCCCUGCUCUGCCUCUGUGUCAUGGACCGUCAUGUGCAUUUCCCUCUAGUCUUUCUCCUGUAUGUUUACAGUCAUUAUAUAGCUAUAAUUCAGCACCUCCCACUUUUUUUGCUUAACAAAGGUAAGUAUUUCACUGUUGUGAAUUGUUUUCCUAACCAUGGCUACAUAAAAGGCUUUUGAAUAGAGUCAGCAAUACUUACCGAAGGGUCUUCUUUUGCUGGAUUUAUGGUUGUAUAUAGUCUCAUUUCCUUGGGAGCAGAUUUGCAGAGUGGGAGUUACCUUAUCAAAGAUACAGGAAUUUUCAUGCCUGAGAAAAAGUACAUGGGGUCACAGCCCUGGAGGGGAGGUUCAAGUGUAGAGAGGGUCAGCUGGGAAGCACUGGUGCUGAGGGAAAGGGAAGUAGAAGGGGGAAGGAAGCAGUCCAAGACCCACUCAGCCACCAAGCCAAGCAUGGUGUCUGUUGAGCACACCACCCUGCACAAGUAACCAGUGCCGGUGCGGGUGUGGUGGGGUGCUUGGGGUGAGGGGCCUGGAGAGGGCACAUCACACAGGACUUCAACUUCAUGGAAGAUAGCAAAGAUCAUCACAGGGCCAGCCACCAAGGACAUAAGUGUGAACACUUCUGCCCACUACUUCUUGGUGUUAGUCACCAAGGAAAACAUUCAAGCACGGGAACAUUUUUACACAGAAGAAACAGAGUAAAUGAGCUCCAGUAGUGUGCGGCAGGCCCUCAAGGCUAGUGGGCACGCUGCAACAGCCAAAGGCCUAUGAGUGCCCCUGUAGUGCCCCAGCAGAAGGACCUCUCCUCCCCUCCCAUGGAAUCUGAAACAGUGAAAAGGUGGGGGGCGUGCCCCAGGGCCACUGACAUACAUGCUUAAGCAAAACAAAGGAGCACACAUUGAGUCUGAAACAGGGAAGGAUGUUCUCACACAAGGGGGUAAGCCUGGCACCGGGGUGUGGCCUCUUUAUAUUUUGGUCAGGAAGUGUUCCAAGCCUAAGGCCCAUCCUUGUGUGGCUGAGUAGGGCUUGAAGAGACUGAGCAGGAGGCUGCCUUUCCCGACAUUGUCCAUUACACAAGACAUGCCUGGUAAAUCUUCGCUAAGGGACUUAGAUCCUACUACUGGGAGAGCUACACGUGAGGAGGGCAUUUACUGCCCCUAUUGAUGGACAUGAGUUCCCCGCCCUACCAGCAUCCUGCUGCUGCUCCUUUCCAGACUAGAGCUGAGAUGCCGCAGUUUCGUACAGGGGAUUUAGGGAAGGAAAUGAUGAGGGGUCUCUAGCUUGUUACCUCACAUACUAGUUCAUUUUUCAGUUGUCACUGUAAUGAGCAAGUUUGUAGAACAUAUUUUUCACGAUCAUACACACUCAGUGUAAAUAUUGGAAAUACAACCUUCAAUUCCACCCCUAGUCUCUGACCACGUGAGGUAUCAGGCAAAGGAAACCACGGUGUCAUAUUAAGUGCCUUGAGACCAGUGACAUUUGAUGAGGCUCUCCACUGAGAUUCCUUCUCUGAGUUUUUGUCAAGUGGGCAAAAAUGAAGUUGGGUUGGGCUGUAAGUCUCAACUUUAGGUUAUUUUAAGGCAAAAUGGCUUUUUUCCCCCAAGUCCGUCCAUAUGGGAAAUAAAACCAUCUGCUGGCAAGAGCUAAACUGAACUUAAAUGAACUGUCAUUCUUUUUCUAAAGUAUUGUUAAUACACAAUCUUGUGUUGGUUUCAAAUGUACAUCACGUGGUACAACAGUACCCCUGAUCAACUUAUAUUGUGAUUGUGAAUUAUUGUGGCUGGACUCUCAUUUUUUAAAAAAAAUUAAAAAUAUCCUCUGCAAAA